CUUGUCAAAUACAAUGUACCCUUUCAUUUGUGUAUUGAUUUUUGUAGGAGUAUUAAGGUUUAAAAGCUUAAACCAAGUGUGUAUGAUUUAAUAUUUUGCACAAUGGCUGUCUUUAAAGUUUAACAUGGAUAUCUUUUUAGUGAGUUUAGUGCCACCAUCACCUUAAGCUAGCAAAAUGGCAGGCCAGAAUGGAUUUAUUGACUUGAAAAAACUGAAAGGGCCUGGCAGUGGCACAAGUUUCCAACCCAGUGAUGAUGUACAGCCAAUAUUCGCCCCAGGAGAUCUCCGAGUUAUGACCAAAUCGUGUAUAAAUCCUGGAUUUCAAGGCAUCAUACCUCAGCUAUCAAACUUACUGCCACAUCCAACAUUUGCACAACCAGAAAAGCAGUCCCCGAAGAAACUAACAUCGAAUACUGAACAGCCAUCACAGACAUCUACAGAAGGUCCCCCGUUGCCAUUAACUGUUGUAGAAGAUGCAGACCAGUUUGGUUUAGAACUCAGAAAGGAUACAAGUAAAGCUUUUAGCUUUGAGUAUAACCUGAAAUCAGAUGUUAGUGUUCCAACAAGCAAGUACAUAGAGGGGACAGUAAAAUACACCACAAAAGGGGCACUAAAAGGAAUGGUUCAAGAUUUGGCAAGGCUUGACAAUAGCACAACUGUGGAUGAGACCUCUAAAUCUCCGGAAAACUCUGAAGAACAAAGUGCAGAAUUGACAGUUAUAGCUGAAAGUCCAAAGAAAGGCAAAAGAAAAGCAGAAGAUACUGAAGAUGGGGAAACAACUCAAAGUCCAAAGAAGAGACACAGGAAGGCAGCAAAAGAAACUGCAGAUGGAGAACCACCUGCAAAGAAGUCGAAGUCUGCAAAGGCAGAGGAAAAGACAAAACUACAUAAAGCGGUGUCCUUGACUAAGGGAAUGGAUUUCUCACAUGAUUGCCAGACAAAGGAUGGAAGAAAACCCAACUGGAAGAUUGCCUCAUGGAAUAUCAACGGAAUCAGAGCUUGGAUGGAUAAAGGAGGUCUGUCAUACAUCGCAGAUGAGAAACCAGAUAUCCUGUGUGUCCAGGAGACUAAAUGUGCACAGGAAGAACUUCCAGCCGAUGUCAAAGUCGAUGGUUACCAUGACUACUGGUCGUCUGCAGAACAGGCUGGCUAUGCUGGCACUGGCAUAUACAGCAAAACCAAACCCAUUAAUGUCACUUAUGGACUAGGUAUUAAGAAGCAUGAUUCAGAAGGUAGAGUGAUCACAGCGGAGUAUGACCAGUUCUUCCUCGUUACUGCUUAUGUGCCAAACUCAGGACAUGGUUUACCUCAGUUACCAUACAGAAGUAAAGAAUGGGACGUAGACUUUAGAGAGUACCUCAACAACCUCAACAAAUCCAAACCAGUCAUAAUGUGUGGUGACCUCAAUGUUGCUCAUUUAGAAAUAGAUCUGGCAAACCCAAAGACCAAUAAAAAGACAGCAGGUUUCACAGCUGAGGAGAGGCAGGGAUUUACGGAUCUGUUAGCGGAGGGAUACAUCGACUCAUACAGGGAGCUGUACCCAGAAACUGAAGGGGCUUACUCCUUCUGGACCUACAUGGGAAAUGCAAGGGCCAAAAAUGUUGGAUGGAGACUUGACUACUUUGUGUUGUCAGAGAGGUUGAAGGAAGAUCUGUGUGACAACGUUAUCCGUAAAGACGUUAUGGGAAGUGACCACUGUCCAAUAGUUCUCUAUAUGGCCUUGAAAGAAUAAAAAGACUGGUCUCUCCAUGGACUUGAAAUUAAAUAGACUGGUCUCUACAUGGCCUUCAAAUAACAUAGACUGGUUUAAAUCACGACACAUGUUGAAAAGCAGCCAGAAAAUAUGUAGGACAGUAGAUUUAGUAGGUCAAGUAGAGAUUUGUCUAAUAUUGAAGAUUUUCUGUCAGCAGUAUUAAAAACAAGACAUGUAAAAUAGAAUUUGAAGCCUUUUUAACUUUCUUAAAGGAAGUCAUCUAUCUUUUCUUUGAUUCUGAUAAAAUAUGAUUUUAUGAAAGAAAGUAUUUUCUUAAAUAGAAAAUAAAAAUUUUACAGAUCGUUUACUUUUGACAAUGAAAUUUUUACAAGGCGAAUUUUGAGCUGCUCUUUAAGAAUGGCUUAACUUGCGAAAGAAGACUGAUAGAAUUUCUUCAUUUGUAAUAGCUGAAUAUUUGUUAAUAUGUCUGUCUACAUGUUAAAUAAAAUAAAAUGGUACAGCAUUAAAGUUUGUCCCAUUCUCUUCAAAAUACCUUUAAUUUUGGCAGUAUUAUUGUGUAUUUUGUGUGGUAGUUUUAGCACUUGAUUGAACACUGCAAGAUGUAUAUUUUAUCCUACACUUUUAGUGAUUGUAUUUUCAGAUAAUAAGAAAUUUUGACAAUAUUUAUGGUAUUUUGAUACAUUUUUGAUUUGCAUUUGAAAUUUAAACCAUUUAGAAAAAUUUAGAUUUAUAAGUAUUUCCAAGAAAUGAGGUAUGUUAAGUUUUAUUGUCAGCUUAAUAUUUACUUGCUGAAGUGUAACAAUUUCUUAUUUGAGACACUCUUUUUUUCCCAUUAUACCAGUUAUUUGGUAUAAUUCAUAAUCUAACUGUUUCAUACAUCACAGUGCUGAGAUGCAGAAAAACUAAAACAUGUUCAUUGAUCUUCACCACCAUUUGUCAUGUUUAACAUUUGAUACAAAUGUUAGGGGAUUUACAUUUCUCUUUGAAUUAGGACUAAAUUGCCAACAGGGCACAUGGCAGUUUUGCAUAAAGUCAUUGAGUAUAUUUGGCAUCAUUUAAAAAAUGUUUUGAAAUUCAUACAUCUGUUUUUCUUAAGUACUGUAAAACUACACAUUUUUGGGAGGGAUUUAUUUUCACUGUAUUUGCUGUUUGCAUGCGCGAAAUUAAAUACAUGUACUGGUGAAAGUCAUUGUUGCUACAAAUAGCCAUAUUUGUCUAAUAAAUUCCAAGUAUUCUACAACUUUUAAUUUGAAAUAUAGUGGACAUUUAGCCUCGCUAAAAAUGUCUGAUUUUACAGUCAGGUAAAUUGGGGCUUGUAGGCUUACAUUAGAUUUGGUAGUGUUCAGCCUAUAUAAAUAAAGGAAUUACAAGAAAAAAGUAACUCAUCAUUGUAGCAUUAUCUUUCUUACUGUAACUUUAUCCUACAUAUUUUUACCUAGUUUCCUGCUGAAUAUAACAAGUAGAAGUGUGUCUUUUUUGUAAGCAAUGGGCACAUUGACAAUGCAGCUCAACCUAUUGCAUUCCUUCCCAACAUACCAAAAAUGAUUUAGUCAUGCUAUCUCCACUUCUCUGACCUAAAAUUAUGUUUCCUUUGAUAAGCUGUAGCAAAAUUGAUUGGUCAUUCAAAUGUAUAUAGUUGUUUUUAAGUCACUGUUGUAAUAACCAUGUUGUCUA